CUUGAAACAGUGUUUAAGCUUAAACCGUAAUUUUUGUCUGAUCAUAAUUGUUCCUCUGUGAGGAUAAUGUUCUAAAAAAGAAGCUACAUAUUACAAUGAAUCAUGUGCCCCUGAAUUGGGUAAACUUCAAAAUCAAUUUAUUUUGGCUGAAACUAAUGAUACCUCUGUCUCCAUGAACUUUCUUUCAUGGCCGUUCUUUUAUCCAAUCUCUGCAUCACCAACAACACCAAACCCUUCUUCUCUUUCACCUCAAAACCCAUAAUUUGUGAGGCCAAGAAUUUCACCUCCAAACGGAACCUUAUCCUUCAAACUUCUCUGGUCAGCAUUGGCAUUGGCCUAACUCCUCGAGUCUCACUUGCGCAAUCGUCACCUCAAACGUUGCCGUCGAAAUCGCUUCUUUCUGGCAUUGAAAACACGUCAUCUUGGUUUCAGUUCUACGGUGAUGGGUUUUCCAUUCGAGUCCCGCCAGAGUUUAAGGAUAUCAUGGAACCAGAGGAUUUCAAUGCUGGUGGGUCUCUUUAUGGGGACAAGGCAAAAGCAAAAACAUUUUCAGCACGGUUUGCAUCAUCCGAUGGAUCUGAGAUUCUAAGUGUUGUUACUCGUCCAACCAAUCAACUUAAAAUCACCUUCUUGCAGGCUCAGAAUUUAUCUGAUUUAGGGUCCCUGAAGGAAGCAGCAAAAAUAUUUGUUCCAGGAGGGUCCAAACUUUACUCUGCAAGAUCAAUAAAAAUAAAGGAAGAUGAGGGUUUUACGAUUUACUAUUUCUAUGAAUUUGGUAAAGAUGACCAGCACGUAGCUAUGAUGACAGGUGUCAGCAAUGGAAAGGCUUUUAUUGCUGGAGCAACUGCACCACAGUCGAAGUGGGACAGCGAUGGUGUAAAGCUUCGUUCUGCUGCAAUAUCAUUAAAAAUUUUGUAGCCAUGUACUGAUUUUUUUUUAGCUGGGUAUGUCACUCAUAAUUUCAACACUUAAGUGGUAUGGUUUUUAAUAUUUUAAUCUAGUGUAACAUUAUAUGCUAUUUUAAGUCACAACUGGUGAUGUAGGCCAUUCAUUUGAUAAAUGUCUAAUCAUUCUAUUCUAUGGGUUCAA